ACUCACCACUUCUACUUCACUAUCACCAGCCAUGGAGAACAACAAUUCACCAACCAACGCUGCGGAGCACAAUCAGAAAAUUGACCCCAGAAACUACGACGAUGUGCUCUCGGUGGCCGCCUCAAUCAGAGAGCAAGUAGGAGAAGAUGUUGCCCGAGCCGACCUCGGAAUCAUCUGCGGAUCCGGUCUUGGACCAAUCGGAGACACUGUUCAAGACGCCACUAUCCUUCCGUACUCAAAGAUUCCAGGAUUUCCAACAACCCAUGUCGUUGGGCACAAAGGAAACAUGAUUUUUGGAAAGCUAGGAGGAAAGAAGGUUGUGUGUUUGCAAGGAAGAUUUCACCCAUACGAGCAUAAUAUGGAUUUGGCUUUGUGCACCCUCCCAGUCCGUGUAAUGCACCAGCUUGGUAUCAAGAUCAUGAUUGUCUCCAACGCAGCGGGAGGUAUCAAUGCCGUGUUGAGACACGGAGACUUGAUGCUCAUCAAGGAUCAUAUUUUCCUUCCGGCCCUUGCCGGAUUCUCUCCACUUGUCGGAUGCAACGAUCCCAGAUUUGGAGCCCGAUUUGUAUCGGUUCAUGAUGCCUAUGAUAAGCAGCUUAGACAACUCGCCAUUGAUGUUGGCCGUCGUAGUGAUAUGACGUUGUACGAGGGUGUCUAUGUGAUGUCCGGUGGACCACAAUACGAGUCACCAGCUGAGGUAUCACUCUUCAAAACAGUCGGAGCCGACGCACUCGGAAUGUCAACUUGCCACGAGGUUACCGUAGCUCGUCAGUGUGGAAUUAAGGUCCUUGGUUUCUCUCUUAUUACCAAUAUUGCAAACUUGGAUGCAGAUGCAUCAGUCGAAGUGUCACAUGAAGAAGUUAUGGAUAUCGCGCAACAAGCCGGUGAACGAGCAUCCCGUUUUGUGUCGGAUAUCAUUACGGAGAUUACUCUCUAAAUGUGUUCCUUGAUCUUUUAUGAUAUAACCUGCUUUCAUUCUCUUGAUUUCACUCGAUUCUCUUCUUCCAUUUCACUUACUCAUUCUUUUUUAGCCUUUUAAAGGCGCACAUCGCCCCACAAAGUAUAGCAUCUGAUCGAAUAGAAUAACCGACAAUAUGUACAAUUGUAUGUUUAUACCUUUUGGCCGAUUUAUCAUAUAAAAAUCAUAUUG